AUGACGCUUCUUGCGGAGGUCUUCUCGCGCGCGUCGCCUGAGUAUGCGCUGUAUAUCCUCCCCUUCAUUUCGCUGAUUUAUAUCGGCCACUUAUACUUCCACAACGGACUAAAUCGCUACCCCGGCCCCUUUCUGGCCAAGUUUACUGACCUCUGGCGGUUCCUUGAUGUAUGGGGCCGGCAGCCUCAUGAGACGCAUAUCGCACUACAUCGCAAGCAUGGCGACGUUGUACGCAUCGGACCAAACACCCUGUCCUUCAGCAGCCCGGCUGCAACGAAGGUCAUUUAUGGGUUGAACAAGGGAUUUACCAAGUCCGAGUUCUACCCCGUUCAGAUGACGGUCUCCAAAGGCGAGCCGUUACCUUCCUUGUUCUCGACCCUAGAUGACAAGUUCCAUGCGGAGCUCCGGCGCUCGGUUAACCAUGCGUUCUCGAUGAGCUCGCUGGUGCAGUACGAGCCCAUGGUUGACGAGACCACACUGCUCUUCCUUGAUCAGACCGAUCGUCUCUUCGCCACUGGGGGCAAGGUCUGCGACUUCGCACGCUGGCUACAAUUUUUCGCAUUUGAUGUUAUCGGCAGCAUUACCUACAGCAAGCGCCAUGGAUUUAUCGAGAAGAACGAGGACAUUGAUGGUAUUGUAAAGUCCCUCGCUCGCAUUUUCAAUUAUGCCGGGCCUGUCGGUCAGAUGCCUUGGUUGGAUAAAGUAUUCUGGAAGAACCCGAUCUUCGACGCAAUGCAAAAAUGGGGGCUGCUGGAUAAUUCCCACCCAGUUGCCAUCUUUGCACGGCAACGUAUGAUGGAGCGCAUGUCGUCAAAGGCUGCGAUCGAUCCCAGUUCUCGCAGUGACCUUCUUACCAAAUUCAUGAAAGCGGGCGAGUUGCGCCCCAACUUCAUGACAGAGAAACGAGUCCUCACCAUGGCCGUCUCCAUGGCUUUUGCCGGGUCCGAAACGACUGCCAUCAGUCUUGCAGCCGUAUUCUACUAUCUGCUGAAGACGCCCGACUACAUGCGACGGGUGCGGGAGGAGCUGGAUGAGGCGAUCCAAAAUGGUACAAUCGAGAACCGUCCAAGCGGCCUCGUCUCGUGGACUGAAUCUCAGAAACUUCCAUUCCUCGAUGCUUGUAUAAAAGAGGCGUUUCGUAUCUUUCCCGCCGCUGGUCUUCCCUUGGAGCGUGUUACUCCUCCCUCCGGUGCGGACAUCGCCGGCCAGUUUAUCCCGGGGGGCACAAUCGUCGGUUGUAGUCCAUGGGUGAUCCAUCGUCGUGAGGACAUUUUCGGGUCAGAUGUGGACACGUACAACCCCGAUAGAUGGCUCAAUGCCUCAGAGGAUAAGUUAAAAAUCAUGAACGGAAUGAUGCUCCAGUUCGGCGCCGGUUCCAGGACAUGCAUCGGAAAAAAUAUUUCAUUGAUGGAGAUUUAUAAACUAAUUCCAAGUUUCCUAAGACGAUUUGACGUGCGAUUAGCAUACCCCGAGCAGGAAUGGAGACUAUGGAAUGCCUGGUUUGUGCGGCAGUAUAAUUUUAACACUGUAUUUACUCCGAGGAAGAUUGAGGUACAGUAG